GGUGAGCCAAUAUUAUCACCAAAUGUAGAUGAUGGCCAGCUGAGGAAGAUUCGCCGAUUGACCGAUGCUCAGCUCAAAGCAGAGCUGAAGAAAGUUGGCGUUGUUGCAGGGCCAAUGUGUCCAAGAACUCGCGGAAUGUAUGAGAAAAAACUGUUGCUGAUGCGACGUGAAAUGGCUGACAUCAAAGGAAUUCGCUACUCACGACAAUUAGAAAUGGCUAUGCUGGGCAAGACAUCUUCAGAGUUGGGGAAGGAUCUCGAUGAUAGGAUACGUGAAGAGUUCCAAUCAGCCGGUGUCACAGCAUUUUGCUACCUCUUGUUGGAUCCCAGGAAGAUUACGGAAGAUUUGGAUGCACUAGAUCUAAAGUCAUUUGUACCAGCGAUCUUUUAUGUAGGAAAAGGAACGAAAGUGGGUAAUUUAAUUGAACAAAAAAACUUUGUGUAUCACCAUAAACAGUAUUGUGAUAGACAUAUAGUCAUGUAAAG